UUCCCCGCUAGCCGUCGGAUCUUACUCCAAAUUAACAGCUCCGAGUCGCCCCAAAAUUAACUCACAAAGUUGCAAUCUUGAUCUUCCCUCUCUUUCCAUUUCUCCUUUUAGCUUCAACUCAGUUCCAUAUCCCAUCAAUCACUCAACUUUCCAGGGAAAUUUCAAAACUUUCUUGCAUUUUGAGCAGUUACUCGAACUGGGUUGGAGAAAAAAAACAGGCAUGUUUGAAUAGCUAGAAAAUUUAGAAUGCCAGUGUCAACCAGGUCUCAUAUCAACAGCCAAGACCAAAAUGGUCCAAACACAGUGCAAAGAACCAGACCUAGCUCGGAUCAAGAAGAGACCCAUGUGAGCUUUCCAUUGAGAAAUCCCCACCAUGGCUUGAAAGAGAAGAUGAAAGCUUUGACUCUGUUAUAUGAGCAGCAAAAGAAAGCUUCUUCAACUCUUCGGAACCUCUCCCCCAAACCUGAAGAGAAACGAUUCUCGACACAUCCAAGCGUGGAUCUCCUCAGUUCUUGCAAAAAAAACGAGAGAGAUUUUAAAGAAACUAAAGAUUCUGAGCAAGACAAUGUAAUGAGAGAGAACACAAUGCCCACGGUGCCUACAUUGCCUAAUGCGAAACUUAAUUCAGCAGGCACAAGAACCUUUCUGUUGCCACAGCCACCUGUGGAUGUUGCUAAGGAGAAUCUUGUGAUGGGUCCGGAUCGUUUUAUUGGGUUCCCUUCGUUUCCAAGAAAGGCCAAUGUUUCGACUACAGUCGCUAGGAAGCUUUCGAUGGGAAGUUCAGUGCCACAAACAGAGCCAAGAGAGUUUCUUGGGAAAGAAAAUGUGCUAGAAGUGGAAAAAUUAGAAUCUGUUUCGGAGAAAAAUGAGGCUAGUGGAAGCCGCAUCUUAGUGUUUGUGAGGCUUAGGCCUAUGUUCAAGAAGGAAAGAGAGGCUGGUUUGCGCUGCUGUGUGAAGAUUGUGAAUAGAAAAGAUGUGUAUUUGACUGAGUUUCCUAAUGAUAAUGAUUAUCUUAGGCUAAAGAGGGUUCGUGGACGCCAUUUCACCUUUGAUGCUUCGUUUUCGGAUUCAACUUCUCAACAGGAAGUUUAUUCUACCACGACAGUAGAGCUUGUAGAAGCAGUGUUGCAAGGAAGGAAUGGAUCAGUAUUUUGCUAUGGUGCCACUGGUGCUGGGAAAACAUACACAAUGCUAGGGACAGUGGAGAAUCCUGGAGUGAUGGUUUUGGCAAUUAAGGAUCUUUUCACUAAGAUUAGACAGAGGAGCUGUGAUGGAAACCAUGCUGUUCAUCUUUCAUAUCUUGAAGUUUAUAAUGAAACUGUCAGAGAUUUGCUCUCUCCUGGAAGGCCUCUAGUGCUUAGAGAAGAUAAACAGGGAAUUAUAGCAGCCGGCCUCACUCAGUACAGAGCUUAUUCUACAGACGAAGUAAUGGCAUUGCUUCAACGGGGAAAUCAAAACCGAACAACUGAACCGACUCGUGCGAAUGAAACCUCUUCACGAUCACAUGCUAUUCUGCAGGUUGUCGUUGAAUACCGAGUUAAGGAUGCUUCAAUGAAUGUUGUCAAUAGAGUGGGGAAGCUCUCACUCAUUGAUCUUGCGGGAUCAGAGAGAGCCUUAGCAACUGAUCAGAGAACUCUUAGAUCACUUGAGGGUGCAAACAUAAAUCGAUCGCUCCUUGCACUAAGCAGCUGCAUCAAUGCCCUUGUUGAGGGUAAGAAACACAUACCAUACCGAAACUCCAAGCUCACUCAACUUCUCAAGGACUCAUUAGGAGGAGCUUGCAACACUGUAAUGAUUGCAAAUAUCAGUCCAAGCAAUCUCUCAUUUGGUGAAACUCAAAACACCCUGCAUUGGGCUGAUCGAGCAAAGGAGAUCCGAACCAAGGCAUGCGAGGCAAAUGUGGAAAUACAACAUCUGCCAGAAACUGAAACUGAUCAGGCCAAGCUAUUACUUGAACUGCAAAAAGAGAACCGUGAAUUGCGAGUACAAUUAGCUCGCCAGCAACAAAAGCUACUAACCCUCCAAGCACAAUCCUUGGCUGCAAAUGCCUCCCCAACCCCUCCAUCAAUUUCCUCUCUCUUAACUCCUAAUACCCAACCAAAUGAAAAAAGAAAAGCUAGGCCUUCCUUUUUAGCUAGGAACUGUUUCACUCCUGAAUCCAGGAAAAAGGGAGAAGAAGAAACAGUUAGAGAGCUUCAGCGGACUAUCAAGGCAUUAGAGGCAGAGGUUGAGAGAAUGAAGAAAGAUCAUGCGUUACAGAUAAAACAGAAGGAUGAACGUAUUCGUGAGCUUUCUCGAAAGAGUGAGAAAUCAUUAGUAGGAGUUCCAAAGGAAGGGGCAAAGAGGGUGGUUACCAGGGCUAGCUUGCGACCAAAGGAAUCAAACAUGGGUGAAUUGAAGAGUCCAAGUAACCGCUUCAAGUCACCGGUUCCGACUACAAAGAAACGAAGCUUUUGGGACAUAACAACAGCUAACAGCCCAUCUGUGGCUACACUAAAUGGAAGAAAAACAAGAGGUCAUAUAAUUGCAGAACCUGCUGCAGCUCCUUCCAUGCUUCUUCAGCCAGGUUUUGCUCGUCAAAGACCACCUUUGAAGUAGGAGAUUAUUUGACAAGAAGAGGCAGCAAUACAAAGAGAUUAAGCAACAGUUAGUGAUUGAGAAGUCAUGAGUCUCCAUCACAUUGGAAAAAAAAAAAACAUUAUGCUUCGUAGGUGGUGAAAUCUGCUGUGAUCAACAAAGUCCUAUAGAAGAGAUUGUGUUCAUAGUUUUUUCCCCCUGAAAUUGACUUCUUCCAUUCAUCAGUACAUAUUUCCAAAAAUGAAUAUUUAUCCCUGAAAUUUGGUGUUGGCUCUUCUGGUGUUCCACAAAUCCAAGCCUGUUAGCAUAAAUCAUGUUCCACAUUUGGUGACGCCUGGAAAAUAAAUCAUUAUUCAUGUGAUCUUGAAAAAAAUCCAGCAGAAAAUCAGUGAAGUUAGUCUGUUAGCAUAAAGUUGGCCUUGCCCAGUUUUAUGCUUGACUCAAGUCUACAAUUACGAGUCAAGUUACUUGUUAUUUGUUGGUUUGUAAACAUUUCACCAUUUUACUUUGAGUUAAUUAUAUCAUAAACUAUCAUUCAUUUCU